GGGGAAUCCUAUAGAAACUUAAAUUCCGUACGGUGAUAAUUAAAGUGGGUGGAACUUGGUUAAAGUUCAUGGAAAUUAGUUCCCCUCGUUAGUAAAAUACUGCACUUGUCACUUGUAUUGAAUUGUCCUCAAAUAUGGAUGAGCCCAACUCCGAACCAAGUACGUCUCCCGACACGAUCGGUAACACACAACUUGUCCCCUUGAUUAAAGUUCCAAAGCACAGCGGAAUGAAAUGUCAGAUUUUCGCAAAAUUGGAGUUUCGCAACAAGCCAAGCAAGUCAAUUUAUGACAGACUUGCAUUAGCUUUAAUCAAUAAAGCGGAAUUGGCUGGGAUUAUGGAACCCGGGUCGACUCUCAUCUUUGGCCCAGAUCCAGAAUUUUGCUUUGCCUUACUCAACAUAUGCAAUUCCAAGCAGUACAAAUUUCUCGCCUUGGUUCCCGAAUCUAUCGUCACAACCACACCCACUCCACGGUUGGUGCAUGAUUUGAAAAAUUUCGGAGCAACAAUUCACCCAAUUCCGGAAAGUUUCGUAACUUCGAAGGAAUUAUGUCUCAAUGAAAAAGCUCAAGCUUUAGCAGAUUCAGAAGGAGGAAUCAAUCUCAUAGCUUUUGUUAUGGCGAAUGAUGGCGUUUUUAAUUCUGAAAUUGAUCAAUUAACACAAGAAAUUGAAAAGUCUGAAGUCGUACCACACGUAUUUGUGGGUGAAUUAGAUAAUCUCGGAAUCCUUGACAGAGUAUCACAGAAAUUGUCCCAGAGUUUCCCAACCUGCAAAAUUUUCGGGGUCGAGUCUGAAGUGUAUUCCAUCGCCAACAAAUGGAAAGGUUUCCAUCGCCCCAGUCAGCAUCCUGGCACAAACGUGGUCACCAUCCUGGAACGGGGAGCUUUCCGGCUUGCCCGAGACCUGAACAAGAAGGAGGACUUGUAUUGCGGAGAAAGGGGUGGGGCCGUAAUGGCCGGCGUGCUUAAAAUUAUGGAUGACUUGCUCCCAGAAAAAAAGCAUGACAAGGAUUUCGUCAUCAUUUGCACACUGCCCGAUUCCCUGUACCAUUCGCACGGAAAGUUUCUGAACGUCGACUUGAUGAGAGAAAAGGGCUACAUGCCUGAAGCAGAAUUUACCUCGCUCUACUGGUGGUACUUUCUGGGCGUGGGCAACCUCACGUUCAACACGUUCCCCUCCAUCGUGGCGAACGCUUCAGUGAAACAAGCCGCCUCCGUGCUAAAGCUGCAUCCCAGAAUUCUCGUCUGGACAAAACCUGAUCAUCAGAGAGAUGUGGAAAAUAUUCUCGGCGUUUUGACCGAGGAUGCGAUGAAAUUGAUUGAAGUCAAUUACAAGGAGGAGGAGAAAAGGGGUGAUAUUAGUUUGAACGAUUGUGCAGAAUUUCUUCAUCCAUUUGGAGCACUCGACUGUCGCGGAAAAUUGGGCGAAUUGGACAAAAUUCUGGAAACGUAUCCAUUUUCCGUUAUCUACAAUGACAUUUUUGAAUUUACUGCUGGAGCUGCUGCCCCCACGUAUUUUAAAACACCGCUGGCCCUGGUCUCAAUUAAGGAAAUGAACGAAUGGACAUUUUCAGUUGAAGAACAUCAUCGUCUACAAUACGGGUGGGAACCGGGGGUCGGAUUUAUGAUGGAGAACAAUGAACCUCAAGAACAAGAACCUGGAAAAACAACCGACUCCAAUACGAACGACAUUUAAUGCAAAUCUAAUACAAUAGCAGAAAUAUAGCGUUUUUGUAAAUGCAUACAGAAAUAAAAUCCAAAUUGUUAAGUACACAAUUAAAUCCGGAGGUGACAUUUACAUAAACAACAAAUGUUUUGAAAAUAAUUUGUAUUAUUUUCGAUCCCAAUAUUGACAAACAUUUAGAUACUUAUUAUUGCACUUACAUAUUUACGACAUCGUUCAGCCACGCUCUUUGUGUUCGUUUUGAAAAUGACGAUUAAAUCAGUCUUGUUUCUCAUUCUGCUAAGUUUUGGAGAUGCAGCUUUUCAAACCCCCAAGAAAUCAUACGGGCGAUCAAGACUUGUCAUUUAUGCUGGAAAAGAUCGCCAUGAAGUUGAUGGACAGACCUGUUCAGUCGGGAUAGCAUUCGCACAACCGACGGUGUUAUCUUGCAUUUGCAUUAAUGGAG